AUGCUAUCACACAGGUGGGAAGAGAAGGAGGCGCUGCUGCAUGACGUCCAGGAUAAAGAUGUGCAUGAGUUGAAGGGACUCGACGGCAUCGCGAAAGUGCAGUCAUUCUGCAAAGUCGCUCGUGAUGCUGGGUAUUGUUGGGUGUGGAUGGACACGUGUUGCAUCGACAAGAAGAGCAACACUGAGCUUCAAGAGUCGGUCAACUCCAUGUUCAUCUGGUACCGCCAUUCAGUGCUUACCAUCGUCUACCUAUGCAACGUCCCUCCU